CACUUAACUCUGUCAAUAUGAAAGUUAAAUAAAGUUUUAUCAGUUCAAUUACUUUUCUAUACUCGCAGUUGGAAAAGUAUAAUUUGUCUUUCUUUCUCAUUUUGUGUCACGUCAUUUAUCGUCGUUAUAGAUAACGACAGACGAAAUAAAAUCAACUGCAUGGCAGAGAUAUUGAGUUUUGCAAGUCAGCACGAUAAACAACUGCUUCGUAUAUUAUGAAACUACAUUAGUUGUAGAGUGCAGUUCUCUUGAUGAGUGUGUCGUGAGUCUGUCUUUAGGAACCAAAAAUAUCAAUUAAAUUUGUCUUAAUUUAAUAAUUGAUUUGAUUAUUCAAUUUGAAGAUACAUGUAAAACCAGCUUUGGAAAUAUAAGAGACGGACUUAUAAAUAUAUAUAUGUCUUUCAAUACAAGAAAAGAUUUUUAAUCGCACAUCACUACAAGUAAAAUAUUGGAUACUACUUGUGCAAUCAGCCUGUGCUGUGUAUUUACGCGAACAAUAGGCUUUUUUCCAGUACACUGUAAUAUGGAAGGGACUCUAAGUGUUAAUGAAAAUAUAUGUGGAGGGGAACAGACUUAAAGCGAGAGGACUUAAUGAGAUCUUACUGUGCUCCAGUAUCGAAAGAAAAGGAUACACCAGUCCAGCAGCAAUAAUUAAAGAACGAUCAAGUGACGAGUGAAUCAGUCGACAAGAUGGCAUUCCAUAUUCUCUGUGUCUUAUUCGUGGUUUUGUUAUUAUUCUAUUAUUAUCUGACUGCCGACUUCGAUUUUUGGAAGUCCCAAGGUGUUAAAGGACCGAAACCGAUUCCGUUUUUUGGCACCAUCGCCAGUCACCUUUUGCGCAAGUUAAGUCUAGGCAGUUACCUUAGGAAGAUUUACGAAGAAUAUCCGAACGAGCCGAUGAUCGGUAUCUUCCAAAGAGGAAAACCCGCGCUUGUUCUCAGGGAUCCUGAGUUAAUCAAGCAGGUGUUGAUCAAAGACUUCUCCGUUUUUCCCGAACGGAAUGUUGCAGUCCACGAGAAGGCCGAACCCAUGUCCGUGCAUCUCUUCAGGAUCGACGGUGCUAGAUGGCGACCAUUAAGAACGCGGCUCUCGCCCGUCUUCACGUCCGGAAAGUUGAAGGACAUGUUUCACUUGUUGCUGGAGUGUGCCGAGCACUUGGAAAAGCAGCUGAACGAGAUCGUGCUCAAAGACGGGAUCGUCGAGUGCCGGGAGUUGACGUCUAAAUACACCAUCGACGUGAUCGGAUCGUGCGUUUUCGGCAUUGAAAUGAACGCGCUGAAGCAGAAGGACAGCGAGUUCCAAAAAUUGGGCGUUAAGAUCUUCCGAUCUUCUAUAAAGACGUAUUUCAGAAACCUAUGUAGAGAAACUAUGCCAAACUUAUACGACUGGGUUGGAAAUGUUUUCGAUGACCACGACGUGACAAAUCUCAUGACAAACAUGGUCAAGAAUACCAUAGAUUACAGAAGAAAGAACAACGUGCAGAGACACGAUUUCAUCGGCGCGCUCACUAAUUUUAAGGAUCAUCCCGAGAUAUUGGGUCUUGACGAGGUACCGGACACAUAUGUUGCGGCUCAACUGUUCGUAUUUUUCGCGGCCGGCCACGAGACGUCCUCCUCGACGAUGAGCAAUGUUAUGUACGAGUUGGCGCAAUAUCCGAAGAUUCAGGAGAAAGCGCGAACUGAAAUUAAGGAGAUCCUUGAUAGCAACAAUGGAGUGAUAACGUAUGAUGGUAUUAAGAAGAUGACUUAUUUGGAGCAAAUAAUGAAAGAAACUCUCCGGAAAUAUCCGCCAGUGAUGUUCCUCACAAGAAAUACCCAGCAGAAUUACACUUUUGAGAAUAAAGUCAACAUAAAGAAGAAUUAUAAAGUGUACAUACCCAUCUUCGGCAUUCAGAAUGAUCCGAACAUCUUCCCGAAUCCGGAUGUUUUUGAUCCCGACAGAUUCACUGAUGAGAACAUGCGAAACAUGAAUCCCAUGCAUUACCUACCAUUUGGGACCGGCCCGAGGAAUUGUAUCGGUAUGAGGUUCGCCGGAUAUCAAUCGAAAAUCGGUCUCAUAAAGGUACUGCUGAAUUACAAGAUCGACGUCUGCGAGAAAACUCAAAUCCCAUACAUCCUUGAACGCAGUCACCCACUAAUGAUGCAAACGGAACACGGCAUAUAUGUUAGAUUAACCAAGCUUACUAAAUCAAUAACAGGGAGUUUCGUCGCUGCUAAAAGAGGAUUAACGGCGUGCGUGAUGAUUCACUACGAUAUCCUGCUUGGUUGCGUCGCAAUCUUUCUAGUGUUGUACUAUUAUAUUACCGCAAAGUACAGCUAUUGGAAAGUUCGUGGCGUGAAAGGCCCGACACCGGUACCGAUUCUCGGCAACUUCGGCAGAAUUCUGCUCGGCAAGACGACUCUGGCUGAAUUCUUGAAAGAAGUAUGCGUCGAACAUAGUGCAGAACCGCUAGUAGGCAUUUACUCGUGUUUUGAUCCUAUUUUAUUAGUCAAAGAUCCUGAGUUCAUAAAGGAUGUCCUCAUUAAAGAUUUCUCAAAUUUUGCCGAAAGAGGAGUAUACGUGAACGAGAAGAUAGACACGUUUGGGGCAAAUUUGUUCAUGCUCGAUGUGAAACGAUGGCGGCCGUUGAGAGCUAAGCUCUCGCCCACCUUCUCAUCGGGCAAGCUGAAAGACAUGUUCUACCUUCUGGUGCAAUGCUCGAAUAACUUCGACCAGUACUUAGAUCGUCUGAUACAGCAGAAAUCAGACAUAGAUUGCGGAAUAAUCACGUCCAAGUUCACCGCCGACGUGAUAGGCACCUGCGCGUUUGGCAUAGAUUUGAACACAUUAAACGACGAGGAGUGCGAUUUCUUGCGACUGAUGAAAGGGAUGACGACGCCGUCUACGAAGAUGAUUCUCAAGGACAUCCUGAGACGCAUGUUGCCGCGAGUCUACGAUCUCGUCGGUCAUUAUCUCAUCAAUAAGGAACUCGAGCAAUUUUUCAUGAAGACAACCGUCGACACUAUCGAGUACAGAUGGAAGUACAACAUAAUCAAACACGAUUUCGUGGAUAUACUUCAGGAUCUCAGGAAACAUCCUGAGAAGUUGCCCGAGUUAGAAUUGACGGACAAUAUCAUCGUGGCGCAAGCUGUGACGUUUUUGGUCGCAGGCUUCUUCGCGUCCUCCGUAACGAUGAGCCAUAUCCUGUACGAGUUGGCAUUGAAUCAGGACAUGCAGGAGCGACUCAGGGAUGAAAUCACCGAGGAGCUCAAGAAGACCAACGGUGUGAUGGAGUACGACAGCAUAAAAACGAUGAAUUAUCUAGACGCGAUCUUCAAAGAGACCCUGAGAAGAUACGCGCCGAUCACGCACAUUAUGAGACAGUCACUCGCGCCCUACACUUUCUCCGGAACGCAAGUACACAUCCCGAAGGGACAGCAGAUCUGGAUACCGGUGCACACGCUUCAUCUCGAUCCUAGCAUCUAUCCCAAUCCGGAGACCUUCGAUCCUGAACGAUUCAGGAACGGCGCGCCGCUGAAUUCGGUCACUUAUCUGCCGUUUGGGGAUGGUCCUAGAAACUGUAUUGGUGCCCGUUUCGCGACAUACCAGACGAAGGUUGGCAUUGUGGGAAUAUUAAAGAACUUUAAAAUAGACACGUGCGAGAAAACCAACUUUCAAUACGGCAAACCGUCUCGCUCCUUCAUCCUCGCUCCAAAGGAAGGCAUGUACCUGAGGUUCUCUAAAAUCAAUCGGGGUUAACUUAUAAACGCAGCAAAAGAUAUACGUACUAUUUUCUCUAUAUCGCAGCGCUCACGUCAUCUCUCGAUUUACUACUCUCAAUUUCUUUAAAUCAAGUUAUUAUCUCACUAUAUAAUAUUCAUAUAUAUUUCAAUAUAUAUAAUUUCGCUAUAUAAUAUUCAUUAAUGUUAUAUGAAUUAAUCAUGCUGAUGCAUUAGAUUAGAAAGCUUGGUUCGAUCUUCAAUAAUUAAAAUACACGUGACACGAAAACAUUAGUAAUAUCUCAUUCUGCCAAGAUAUCGGCGAAGGAUCAUAGACAACGACAACGAAUAUUUGGCCGGUCUUUUUCCAUCGAAUGCAAUGAGCUCAACUGAAAGUUCGACUCGAAUGGAGCUUUUAGUUCGAUCCAAUGUAUUAACGGCGACUAUAGACUAUAUGGAAUAAAUGGGAAUAUUUUAUCGAUAACGGUAUUCGUGCGUUUCGGGCUACUUUUGUAUUUAAUUUAAUCCAAUGGAUGCACGUUUCGGGCAUUGUACCACCGUAGCGGCGUUCUAGAAACUUGUUACGGCAGCAAUAAACUUUUGUCCCGAGUA